CCAAUCCUUGUCGGAGAGAAAACACGGGGAUCGACAGUUCUCUCUUCUCCCUCCCGUUUACCUCAUUGUGCUUUCUUUUUAUUUCGCCCUGCUUUUCUCUUUACCCUCUCUCUACCUCUCUUUUCCUUAGAAGACAACUUUUCCUUAUCACUCCCUUGCUUUCAUCUCCGUUUUACGAUUUUAAUAAGAUCUACAUAGGUGCAUUUAUUUAUGUAUUAUUAAGAAUAUAUAUUAUUUUAGUUAUUCCUCAAAUGAGAAGACGGAAAAGAUGGAGUUACAUAUUUUAGAACACAGUUUGAAAGUAGCGAGUAUAGCAAAAGAGGGUAUUCAGAUUUGCACUCAUGGAUUAAUCAAACUCGCCUUCCUGCCCUCUAAAACAAGAUGCAAGUUUUUCAGUUUGACUGAAACUCCAGAGGACUAUACCAUUAUCGUGGAUGAAGAAGGCUUCAAAGAGCUUCCUGAGUCGGAACAUCUCAGUGUCGCAGAGGCCACAUGGUUGGCUCUUAACGUGGUGUCCGGGGGCGGGAGCGCCACAAACUCUCAACCUAUUGGAGUCACAAAAAUUGCCAAGUCUGUCAUCGCACCCCUAGCUGACCACAAUAUCUCUGUGUUCAUGCUAUCCACCUAUCAGACAGACUUCAUCCUGGUUCGAGAGAGGGACUUGCCCAUGGUAAUGCACACCCUGUCUGCCGAGUUCACCUUGCUGAGGGUUGUCAAUGGAGAGACAGUGGCUGCUCACAGCCUUGGAGUCACCAAUGGUUUUGUCAAGCCAAAGCUUGUGCCUCGACCUAUCAUCCACCCAUUGUCCAGCCCCAGCAACAUGUUCUGUGUGACAAGCUUGGAUCCAGACACACUGCCCUCAGUGGUCACCCUGCUCAUGGACGUCAUGUUCUACUCAGGCGGGAUAAAGGAACCUGGGGUGUCUAAUGAAGACUCUGGUCACAUCCGCUUCUUCUCUUUCUCGCUGAUUGAGGGCUACAUCUCUCUAGUUAUGGAUGAACAGAUGACACGCAGGUUUCCCAACAAUGUCCUAUUCACGAGUGCUUCAGGAGAACUUUGGAAGAUGGUUCGUAUCGGAGGGCAGCCUUUAGGAUUUGAUGAGUGUGGUAUUGUGGCUCAAAUAUCGGAACCUCUGGCAACUGCUGACAUUCCUGCUUAUUACAUCAGUACCUUCAAGUUUGACCAUGCCCUAGUUCCAGAGGAAAACAUACAGAGUGUGAUUGGAGCUCUGAGGACUAAUGAGAGCCCAGGACAGUAAAGGGAAUGGGGAAGGUAGACAGUGAAAAAGUGAGAGCCUUGUGUCUUCAUGGCCCACACAUUGAUUUAUCAUGUUCAACUCUUAAAAGUGCCAAGAUCUUACCAGUGGACAGAUAUUGGGGGUGGGCAGUUGUGUGUGUGUGCUGGGAGAAUGGGAGCUAGAAAGACUUGGGUGUUGGUUGUAUGUGAGGGGGUGGGGGGUGCUGUCGGAUGCUUUAGUUCAGACAUUCGAAGUGGCCCUCCUUUUCUGAGAUGGUGCCAACUAUGCUCUAAAUCUGCACAUGUUCACCCCUCCACUGUACCAAACAACAUCCACCCAUUUGGGGGACCCUAACUCUGUAGUUACCACUGUAUUUUUUUCAUUCUCCUCUCACACCAUUGUUUCACCAUGACACAGCCUACCAUGUUUGCACCCUUUUUUCUGCAACACCAGCUCCUGAGAAGCUGCAAGCCAGGUCUGGACUAUUCUAACCACCCUGGUGUGCACACGUCCAAGCUGCCUGAACCCAUAAGUGUUGCUUUAGUUUACCAGACUGAAUCUGUUUUCGUCUUGACGUUCUGUUGUUUCUCCAAUGCUGCUUUUCCUGCAAUGACCAUAUUGUAAUAGUUACCUGCCCUCCUCCUGUGGAAGGAUAGAGAAUGUACUCUACAAACAAGAUCUCUCAUUAGUCUUUCUUUUCUUAGUUUUCUCAGUGCCAAGAUGUUUAAAGGCCUUCUCUAAUGCCCAGUGCACAAUUAAUGAGGAAAUAAUUUCAGAUUUUGAGCAGGUGUCAGAUUCCAGUGACAUGGUGUGGUCUGGAAUUUUACAACUUCUGGAACUAGCAUUUGAUAUUAUUCAAGACUUAUAGUAGAAUUAGAAUUAUAUAUUGCUGGAUUAAUGAUUCAAGAUGUGUACAGGACUGGUCUUCAUCUCUCUGUUGACCAGUAAGGUUCAAAUUUGUCUGAUAUACUGGAUUCUGUAAUGAAACCUUUAUGGCAUGUGAUUGGCAAAUUUCUAAGGCACUGUUUCUAUCAUAUCAUUUAUAAACAACCGUUGAAGUGUGCUACACCUAAGCUAGUGUCCAUGUACUCGAGUGACUGGGUUGUUCUUGGGAGACCGUUCUGUUUGAAUAUUUUUUGCAUCAACUGCCACACCAUGCUUGACCUCCUAAGUCUUUACCAUACAUCAGUAUAACAGUUUUGAAAAUUAGCGCAGGAGAGGUGGUGGACAUGAAGUAAUUAGUUCCGUUAUGAAUGAUUGUUGCUGUUGUGGAUAAAUGAACCAGCCCUGCAACACCCUGGUGUAAACCCCCCACCUUUACCCAACUCCUUCCCCUCUUUUCCCCCAGUCUGCACUUUAAUACAGGUCUAUCCUAAAGACCUGCUGUACUGAUGUGAAAUUGGAGAAAACCUAUUUACCCCUUGAAGGAUCCUCCUGAGAAAGGUAGACGUGUCAGUCUUAAGCAUUUGGUGGGACUGUCUGUCUCCGCACCAAGCAAAAGCUUUUCUUCUGUUUGCUUGGAAUAGCAGAAACCAUAUAUUUAUCAGUGUUAAAAGAAAAACUAAGGGUGACAUUUCUUCUGAUUGAAAUAAAAAAACAACCUACUCAAACUGCUUUUUUGUUUGUUUUGAGCUUGUAGCAGUUUCACCUGUCAUUUCUACUGUCUUUUGUUCAAUUGUCUUAAUGGCAGUCCUCAAGGCAAUUUUUAUCCCCUAGUUUUCUGAAUUACUAAUGGAUCACUGGAACAAUUGAAGCUUACAUCAAUGGUAAUUUCAUAUUGUGAUUAACAUUUGAUUUGAUCUGAGAUGGAUACAAUAUAAAUUAAUGAGGACCCUGGGGACUGUUGGGAAUUGUGACAAGAUGCCAUACCCCCUAUUACUGAUCAGCUUUUUAUAAAAGGAAGAAACGGGUUGAUUCCAUGGUUGAUAAGUCAAUGCAAAAUGCAGUACCUUUCUGUUAAUUGCCUUUUGUUACCCAAAUGCACUGAACAGUACCCACCAGUGUUGGAAAAUGUGGAAUUGAAUCAUUUAAUUAAUUCAAAUAAAAACUGUCAAAAUGAUGUUGCCCAAGGCUGACCACUCAACUUAUCAGAAAAAAGAAUACAAUGAAAUAUUAAGUGCAGUAUACUUUCUAUCUGUCCUAUCAAGACAAAACAUUUUAUUUGACCCGUUUGUUAAAGAGGGUUUCUUGCUGUGCAAUAACAAUGUGGUCUGACAUUGGUAUUGCAAAUAAAGCCUGUAUUCUAUAUUUGAA